AAUAGGGGAUUUUCCAAAGUCAAUUUUGCUCUAAUUCUGCCUGAACAUUCAGCAUGGCGUAAUUUCAUGAAGUUGGUUCAAUAAUUACUUAACAAAUCACAAAAAUGAAACGUUCCCACACAGUGUUAAGUAUCUUCUUAAUGCGGAAGUGACUACCGAUCGGUAGCCCGGUAGAUCCAGCCAUUAAAUCCAAAACAUUGGCUUAGUAGCUUUCGAGGAGUCCAAUCACGCGAAUGAAAGCGCUUGUCACGCCUUAUCUUUGGUGUUCUAUCUAUCGGCUGGCUGGCGUCCAACGUUGGCUGUUGGCUGGUGCGACGCUGACGAUGGUCAACAAAGCGCAUUGCGGCUUGCCGGACGAAGUUAGUUCAAGUUUGUUUGUCAAGCCGCGAGCAUCCUACGUGCGUUGUGUUGUCAUAGUUCUGCAGUUGUCGAGCACUCGGAGUGCAUAUCUUGGAAACCCAUUCGACGUAAACAGCGCAGCUGCUAAGAGACGUUAGUUGAACGAAGAUUAGACGAAACGCAAUGAAGUGGACAGUUGGGAUUAUCCUUGCCUUGUGUGGAUUACUUGGCACGUCCGGGAUCGGAAUUCCAGCGUAUUCGAAUUGGCCCCUGCUACGAUACCUCUACAUGAUCAGAAAUGGCGUUUUAUUUGAAGAUUGUGGUUCACAGUACGAUGUCCUCUCGAUUCAGCUGUCCAGCUGUUCCAGUUCGCCAUGCAACAUGCCGCGUGGGACGAAUGUAACCGUCAACGCCGAAUUCAGCCCCAACGGUUCCACCACGACGCCGUCUCUCCUACACGAAGCCUACUUCAUCCUGAAUGCAAUCAAAACGAAAGCCACUAUCACGCCUACUAAGUGCGAAGGCACGGUCUGUCCGUUCCAGGGUGACGUCGGCUUGAAAUUCAGCGCCGAAAUUUACGUGAGCCCGUCGCUGCCGUCGCUGCGGGGAAAGCUACGCUGGGAGUUGAUGAACGACGCGAAGGAGGUACUGCUGUGCUAUCAAAUCCCGAUUUCCAUCAGCUAGCUUUCGAGCGCUAUGUUGAUUUGCUAUAAUCGAAAGCUCACGAAGCAUUGUGGCGCCCUCUGUAUUUCAUUGUUAGUUUCGUGGGCUGGCGGUUAGACGGCGCUAUUGAUUACUUAUGAGAUUAAUGAAUCAAGCAUAUUGUUCAGGAAAAUGUGAGUACAUUCUAGUCUUCUUUGGAUAUUAUACGUGGUUUAAAACAGAUUGAU